UCAAUUCCCUUCCAUGGUUCCUUGUUCUCCAGUUCGUCGUCACUGGUAGCGUCACGUUGGUUUGAUUCUCUCUCAUGCAGUCGACUUCAGUUUAGAGAGAGGGAGAAGCCCGAAGCCCUUCGGCGUUAAGGAUCCAAUCAUUCUGGCUAAAUUGAUCUUCUAUUUGAUUUCUUUUUCCAUCCAAUCUGUUCGCUAAUCUAAAUGGGUGGAGACGGGGAAAACUAUGGGAAAAAGGAACCUUUUGCUGCUAACAUCUCGAAUAACGAAACUUAUCCUGCCUGGGCAACGGAUGUUGGAGAAUGCCUAGAGAAGUACCAAGUGAACCCUGAUCUCGGAUUAUCUUCUGAGGAGGUUGAGAAACAGAGAAAGAUCUACGGUUCCAAUGAAUUGGAGAAGCAUGAGGGUACAUCAAUCUUUAAACUAGUUUUGGAACAAUUUAAUGAUACACUAGUUAGGAUUCUAUUAGCUGCAGCAGUUGUAUCUUUUGUUCUUGCGUGGUAUGAUGGUGAGGAAGGAGGUGAGAUGGAGAUUACAGCAUUUGUGGAGCCUUUAGUUAUUUUCUUGAUAUUGAUUGUCAAUGCCAUUGUUGGCAUUUGGCAAGAGAACAAUGCUGAGAAAGCAUUGGAAGCUCUUAAAGAAAUUCAGUCUGAACAGGCUUCAGUAAUACGAAAUGGUAAACGUGUUUCAAUUGUUUCCAAGGACAUCGUUCCUGGUGAUAUAGUAGAACUCAGAGUUGGGGAUAAGGUGCCUGCUGACAUGCGAGUGUUGCGGUUAAUCAGCUCAACUUUUCGGGUUGAGCAGGGGUCCUUGACUGGUGAGAGCGAAGCGGUGAGCAAGACUGCUAAGGCUGUGCCAGAAGAUACAGACAUACAAGGGAAAAAGUGUAUGGUUUUUGCAGGGACAACAGUUGUCAAUGGAAAUUGUAUUUGCCUUGUUACCCAGACAGGGAUGAGCACUGAACUAGGACAGGUCCAUUCUCAGAUACAAGAAGCAUCCCAGGGUGAAGAUGAUACACCAUUGAAGAAGAAGUUGAAUGAGUUUGGAGAGCUUUUAACAGCAAUAAUUGGAGUAAUCUGUGCUCUAGUUUGGCUUAUUAAUGUCAAAUACUUCCUCACUUGGGAAUAUGUUGAUGGGUGGCCAGCAAAUUUCAAGUUCUCAUUUGAGAAAUGUACGUAUUACUUCGAGAUUGCCGUGGCAUUGGCUGUAGCUGCAAUUCCUGAAGGUUUGCCUGCAGUCAUAACUACAUGCUUGGCACUUGGCACUCGGAAAAUGGCCCAAAAGAAUGCUCUUGUUCGGAAGCUGCCCAGUGUUGAAACUCUUGGCUGUACAACUGUGAUAUGUUCUGAUAAGACAGGGACUCUAACAACUAAUCAGAUGGCUGUAGCGAAGAUUGUGGCUCUUGGUUCUCGUGUUGGUACUCUGCGAGCCUUUGAUGUGGAAGGGACUACAUAUGAUCCUUCAGAUGGAAAAAUAAUUGGUUGGCUUGGAGGUCAACUGGAUGCUAAUCUGCAAAUGUUGGCAAAGAUUGCCGCUGUCUGUAAUGAUGCAGUUGUUGAAAAAUCUGGUCAUCAUUUUGUUGUGAAUGGAAUGCCUACCGAAGCAGCAUUGAAGGUUCUUGUGGAAAAGAUGGGUCUUCCUGAAGGAUAUGACUCCACUUCAGCUUCCAUUGGGGAUGUCCUGCGAUGCUGCGACGUUUGGAAUAAGAACGAGCAACGCAUUGCUACUCUAGAGUUUGACCGAGAUCGUAAAUCAAUGGGAGUUAUUACAAAUUCUAGCUCAGGAAAGAAGUCAUUACUCGUGAAGGGUGCUGUUGAAAAUCUUUUGGAACGGAGUUCAUUUAUUCAACUUAUUGAUGGAUCUAUUGUGAAGUUGGACUCAGACUCAAAAACCCACCUCUCAAGUUACUUGCGUGAGAUGUCAUCAAGUGCAUUAAGGUGUUUAGGUUUUGCAUACAAGGAAGACCUUCCAGAAUUUUCCACUUACAAUAGUGGUGACGAAGAACAUCCAGCACAUCGGCUUUUACUUGACCCGUCCAAUUACUCUAAAAUUGAAAGUAAUCUUAUUUUUGCUGGCUUUGUUGGAUUAAGGGAUCCUCCCCGAAAAGAGGUUCAUCAAGCAAUCGAAGACUGUAAAGCUGCUGGUAUUCGUGUUAUGGUUAUCACAGGGGACAACCAGAACACAGCCGAAGCUGUAUGUCGAGAAAUAGGUGUAUUUGGACAACGUGAAGCUAUAAGUUCCAGAAGUUUAACCGGAAAAGAGUUCAUGGCAAUGAGCCGGGAGGAUCAAAAAUCCCAUUUAAGACAAGAUAGAGGACUUCUUUUCUCAAGGGCUGAGCCAAGACAUAAACAAGAGAUAGUAAGAUUGCUCAAGGAAGAUGGUGAAGUUGUUGCCAUGACAGGAGAUGGAGUCAAUGAUGCACCUGCUUUGAAGUUGGCUGAUAUUGGGAUUGCGAUGGGCAUUGCCGGGACAGAGGUUGCUAAGGAAGCCUCCGACAUGGUUCUGGCAGAUGACAAUUUUAGUACAAUAGUUGCAGCAGUUGGUGAAGGCAGAUCCAUUUACGACAAUAUGAAGGCAUUUAUCAGGUACAUGAUUUCCUCAAACAUCGGCGAGGUUGCGUCGAUAUUUUUGACAGCAGCACUGGGUAUUCCCGAAGGGAUGAUCCCUGUUCAGCUUCUCUGGGUUAAUCUCGUUACAGAUGGACCUCCAGCUACUGCGUUGGGAUUUAAUCCACCCGAUACCGAUAUAAUGAAGAAACCGCCUAGAAGAAGUGAUGACUCAUUGAUCACGGCCUGGAUUUUGUUCCGCUAUUUGGUUAUUGGACUUUACGUAGGGAUAGCAACUGUAGGAGUAUUUAUUAUUUGGUAUACACAUGCUUCCUUCAUGGGCAUUGACCUGUCCGGAGAUGGUCACAGUCUGGUCUCGUACUCUCAGCUCGCAAACUGGGAUCAGUGCCCGUCUUGGGAAGGGUUUACCGUGUCGCCUUUCAUGGCUGGGGACCAAGUCUUCAGCUUCGAUUCAGAUCCAUGCGACUACUUCCGUUCAGGCAAGAUCAAGGCCUCAACUCUCUCACUCUCCGUUUUGGUCGCCAUUGAGAUGUUCAAUUCCCUCAAUGCCCUCUCAGAGGAUGGAAGCUUGUUGACAAUGCCCCCAUGGGUUAACCCGUGGCUGCUCCUCGCCAUGUCUGUUUCAUUUGGCUUGCAUUUCUUGAUCCUCUAUGUGCCAUUCCUCGCGCAAAUUUUCGGCAUUGUCCCCCUCUCCUUGAAUGAAUGGCUCUUGGUUCUGGCUGUGGCAAUGCCCGUGAUCUUAAUUGAUGAGAUUCUGAAAUUCGUGGGAAGGCUUACAAGCGGGUUGAGGACAUCUCGCCCGAGCAGCAGAUUGUUGAAGCAGAAAUCAGACUAAACACAUUGUGGAAGGUAUGAUGAACGGGAUUUGAAUUCAUGAAUGACAAGAGAGUGGAGAAAGUUUAGAGUUCAUGUUUCUGAAAAAGUGAAAACGAAGGAAGGGGUAGUAUUUGCGGUAGAGAAAUGAGUGGGUCUUGUUUUACGACUCUGCCAUUUCUUUAACUCACAUUUUUUCAUCAACAUUAUUUCUUAGGCUGUUGUGGCGGAGUAAACUUACAUUGUUUUCGUUCAUAAGAGAACCAUGAUUUUACCCAACUCCCCAAUUACUGAAUAUUGAUGAAGUAUCUGUUUUUUUGUUACAUAAUUCAAGUGAAUUUCAUUCUUUUAUUA